AUGUUAGUGGAUCCAAGUGUUGACCUCAGAAGUCUUGAUAAAGAACGUCACCUGAAACCAAUAGAGAGAGAACAGAUUGACAAAAUCAAAGGUGAUCUUGAUAAUUAUCAUGACAUCAUUAUUGAUCACGGAUAUACUGGCCCAAUCAAGAAGGAUAUGAUGGAUGACAUCAUUGGCUCUAUAGUUCUCAGCAUUGUCAGCAGAAAAUUACUCUCCUUGGGUGAGUAUGGCCUAAAAGACCUCCUUCCAGACCAUCCUGAGUCAUGCAGACCCUUUUUUAUAAUGGGGCACGUUGACGCUGUUGAUGCCAGCUACUUGGAUGGGCUUUUGGAGCCAGAAUUUUCUGACAUGGGAACCCUAGAGAGAACUGUGGAGGAUCAGGUUAUAGAUAACUUUCAGAACUUUCUUCACAAGCAUGAGGAUGAACAGAUUUUUGUAUUCUGA